AUGAAAUUAUUAUUUAUCAUUGCACUAUUAGUGUUAGGUAAUACAUAGUGGAUCACAUCAUACGAAGCAUUCUAAAAGGAAGAAUUUGAUUCUUUGGAUGGUAAAAUGAAAAAUAAUAUAAAGGUUGGGUGAUAUAAAAUUAAUUUGAAGCAACUACAGAUAUAAUUACAAAAUGUAGUGGUAAGAAUAUUGUUGGGGGACUCAAGAGUUUCGGUACAAAAAGCACAGCAACUAAAUUAAUGAAAAUACCACCUCAUUACAAGUUAAAGUUCAAUCUGCAACUAUGGAAGUAUUGAAAUUAUAUAGUCAUAUAUUUUUAGAAUUGGAGAAUGGGAAAAUGAUGUAUUUUCCGUUUAUGUGGAUGGAGUUCCUUGGGAAAUGAAGUGGGGAUUUACAGAGGGAGGAAUACGUCUAUGUGGAGGAUCCGAAUCAAAAAAUAGUGAUAAGGUUUUCGAUGUUGAGUUUGAAAUACUUCAUAAUUCUCCCACAGUUACCACUGUUUUGGCUACGACUUCUUAAGGAAAAGCAGACGUAUAAGCUUGGGGAUUUCGAUAAAUGAAAAUAUCAUUUAUUCCAUGUCCAUCAGAAUGUGGCAUAUGUCAUAAUGACAAAGUGUAAGAGUGUAAACAUUGGAAUCAAGAAGCAUUGAGUUGGUUCCAUGUAGAUACUAAAUUGGAAGGAUGGAAAUUAGAGAAUGGUAAACCAAAAGGAUAUGAAUGUUCUGGAAUUGUAAUAUUUGGAGGAUAUGAAAAUGUUGGUGCUAAAGCUUUAUUGUCAAAUACAUUUACAAACAUAGUGCCUCAUAGUAAAGUAAUGGUGAAAUUUACUUUUUGGAAGGUAAAAUUAUAAACUUAUUUAGAUUGAUUUAUGGGAUAAUGAAGAAUUCUAUGUGAAAAUUGAUGAUAAAUAAGUUUAGAAGAUGGCAUUCUAAAAAUAAGAUGGAAUUGACUUAUGUGGAGUGUAAGAUAUUUCCUCUAUAUUAGUAAAUAAACAAACCCUGGUUAUGGAGAGAAAAUUGUAUCUAUUGAGAUUAUUUAAAAACAUUCGAGUCCAACUUUAACUAUAUCCUUUACUACCUCAUUGAAAAAUGACCCUGAAGAACAGUCAUGGGGAGUUCGAGAUUUCUUUUUGUUUGCAGCAUAAUGCACAAAGUUUUGUGAUGAAUGUGUUGGAACUGCUGAAAACGAAUGUACCAAAUGUUAAGCAACACAUAUAUUGUAAGAUGGAAAAUGUAUUAACAAAAAUGAAUGGUAUAUCUUAUCUAAAGAGUUCUUUACUCCUGAAUAAUUUAAUAAAGUAGAUGGAUGGACAUUUUAAGAUCUAGAUGCUGCUGCUCCAAAUCCGCCAACUACAGAAUGUGGAGAUUUAAAACUAGUAGGAGGAUACAAAGCUUUUGGGAAGGUAAUUGUUAUAAUAAUAUUUAUAAUUUUAGAAAGCAACAGUUUAAAAGGUGUUUCAACUACCUAAACAUGAUUUUGUUAGGAUCAAAGCGACUGUCUAUAAAAUUGAUUAAUGGGAUGGAGAAGAAUUGACAAUGUUUGUUGAUAACUAAGAAUUUUGGAGUUAAUUUUUGGGUUGGAAUGAUCCGGGUUAAAGUGAUAUUUGUGGUAAUUAGAAUGGAAAUUGGAAAGAAAGAAUAAUGAAAAUUGAUAAAAUCAUUCCUCAUUCUUAAUCAGAAUUGACUGUGGAUUUCAAAAGCACACUAUAAAAGGCUGCAGACGAGGCUUCGUGGGGAUUCAGAGAGUUUUUACUCUUGUAUUCACCAUUAAAAGAGUGCAUUGAAGUUUUUAGUGAAUGCAACUACAAGGGAUAAUCAUUUAAGAUCUGUGACAAUCUUGAAUCACUUAAAGAUGUAUAUAAAUAAUUCUAAUUAGGCAUAAAUAGAAUUUGAUAUAAAAUCAAUUAAAAUUCCUGAAGGCUUGAAAAUCACAGGAUUCAAGAACCCUGGAUUCAAAGGAGAUAGAGUAGAAUAUGAAACCAAUUAAGAAUGCAUUGACAAAAUUGAAUUCUCUUUGAUAUAAAAGUAAUUGACUGGAAAUAUGAAAUAUAUAAAUAAAUGA